UUCUGGCAGUUUAUUUUUUUAUUUCUAACAGUGUUUCUAUCAGCUUACAAAUAACACUUUUAUAAAUAAAAUUUACUGAAAUAAGAAUAAAAUAAACUAUUUGAGAAUGUUUCAAAUGUUUAUCAGAACGAUGUGUUCGACGACUAUUAAAAAGAAGCCACCGAUUCCAGUAUUUGGUUUGGAAGGUCGCUACGUAAGCGCCCUCUAUAGUGCAGCUUCACAAAACAAUGAGUUGGAGCUUGUAGAGAACAGUCUAAAUGACUUCCAGACACUGCUGACUCGACCUAAAGUCGUGGACUUCAUAGCAACAAGUCUUAUACCUCGACCAGCUAAGGCUAAACUCCUUAUGGAUAUUGCUAAACAAGCAGGAAUGCCAUCAACAGCAGUCAACUUCCUUGGCCUGGUGGCCGAGAAUGGUCGUCUAAAGCAACUGCGACGUAUGAUAAACCUGUACCAUACUGUGAUGGUAGCACACAGAAAUGAGGCUCUAUGUGAAGUGAUCACCGCUGAACCGUUAGACUCAUCUACGAAACAAGCACUAACAGCAGUCCUACAAAAGUUCGUAAAGUCUGGCAAAAAUAUUCAAAUCACCGAAAAAAUAUCCAAAGACAUCAUCGGUGGUGUUAUUGUCGGAUUUGAGAACAAGCACGUCGACCUAAGCAUUGCGAGGAGUCUGAAUAAGUAUCGCGAAUUACUGAAACAGCCUGUAUAAUUUUGAUACUAAAUUGAUUUUACUUUGA